AGAAAGGGCGAUGAGUAAAAAUAAAAAUAAUAAAUCUUGAGUUAGAAAAAAUACAAAACCGAAGAGAAGCCCUUCUGUUCUUCUGGUUAUUUGAGCCUCCACAAUUAUCUCCUUGGAUGUAUCAGAUUUUGUCUAAAAUAUUAUCCACUUAAUUUCACCAGGUACAUCUUUUAAUACACAUAUUAUCCAUAUAUACAUGUUUGUAUGUAUGUAUACAUACACACUGUUAUCAUAUACUAAUACUGUAAAGCUUCAAUCUUGCUGUGUAAAACUGUAAAUUCAAGAAGGGUUCAGCUGUGCUAUUGUUGUAUUGUUCUGGUUGUGAUUUUAUGUGGGUUUUGUUUAUUUUGCGAAUCUGAUUAGUGGGUUGAUCUUGGUUUGGUUGAUUUUGGUUUCGGUGAUUAUUGGCUAAUUUGAGUGAUUCUGAGGUGGGGUUUGAAAAUGGUGUCUGGGAAUGAUCCGGUGGAGUCCUUUUUUAAUUCUGUCGAGUUGGUGAAGAAUGUUUUUGCGCCGUUUGAAUCGGGUUUGAAAAAAGCAGCUAAGGAUUUGGAGAAGUGUUGGCCUGGUAGCAAGAAUAAGGGAAGAGGUGAUGUUGAGUUUAAUGGAGAAGUGAAUGUGAUGUUGGAUGAAAGGAAGAAAAAGUUGAGGCAAUGUGUGGUUAGUGCUGAUAAGAAGAAGCAGAACUUUUUGGGAUUGUUUAUGGAAAGACAUGAUGUGCAUAAAAAAGAGGUGGUAGAAAGGGAUGGUGUUAAGAAGGAUGAGAGUUGUGUAAAUUGUUUGCAGCUUGCGAUUAAUUGGUCUUUGUUGUUUACAGGCUUUGCUCAGGCUUUCCCGACUCUUUUCAAGAAUGGUAAGAAGCGAUCUCAGAAAUUAAGUAAUGGAAAUCAGGAGUGUGCUGAUUCUAAGAUGAAUAAAUCAAAGACAAGGGUUUUUUGUGGAAUUAAGGAGAAGGAGACAAAAGGUCAAUUUGUGAUGAAAUUCCAAGAUGAGGGUACUGAAAAUGAUGGAAAGAAUAUGUCACUUGAGUGUUGCAUCGGUUUUCUUUUUGAUAUGUUAGUUCAGAACCUUCAGAAGUUUGAUCUCGGGGUUCAAGAAAUUGAAUGUUGCAGUUGUGAUUCAACGCCUGUUGCUCCACCUGAAAACAAGUUUGAUCAUUUGAAAGCGAUUACUGGUAUGUUGGAGGGUAAACGGGUAGAUUUCAGUGGCCUUUUGGGAAAUUUGAAGUUUGCUAGAGUUGGAGGUGUUCCUUCAAGUAUUGUUAGAGUGAAUGAUGAAGAAAAGGAAGAGACCGAUGGUGGAGAAAACAAUGGAAGCCAGGAGCAGAGUGAAGGAACACCACAGAGGAUGGGUUUACUGAGUAUUCCCUUAUCAAAUGUUGAGCGUCUGAGAACAACUCUUUCUACAGUGUCAUUGACAGAACUAAUUGAACUUAUACCGCAGAUGGCAGGGCGAGCAUCCAAAGACCAUCCAGACAAGAAGAAACUAUUUUCAGUCCAGGACUUCUUCAGAUACACCGAGGCCGAAGGAAGGAGGUUCUUUGAUGAACUAGAUAGGGACGGCGACGGCAAAAUCAAUUUGGAAGAUCUUGAAAUUGCAAUGAGAAAGAGAAAAUUGCCUCGAAGAUAUGCUCAAGAUCUCAUGCGUCGUACCCGGAGUCAUUUGUUCUCAAAAUCAUUUGGCUGGAAACAAUUUCUGUCCUUGAUGGAGCAGAAGGAACCAACAAUACUUCGAGCUUAUACUAGUCUCUGUUUAAGCAAGUCGGGCACUUUGCAAAAAAGUGAAAUUUUAGCAUCAUUGAAAAAUGCUGGACUCCCGGCAAAUGAAGACAAUGCUGUUGCGAUGAUGCGGUUUCUGAAUGCAGAUGCCGAAGAAUUUAUUUCUUAUGGCCAUUUCCGGAAUUUUUUGCUUCUUCUUCCGUCUGAUCGACUCCAAGAAGAUCCUCGGAACAUCUGGUUCGAAGCUGCUACUGUUGUUGCUGUUGCACCACCUGUUGAAUUGCCUACUGGAAAUGUUCUAAAAUCUGCUUUGGCGGGAGGACUUUCAUCUGCGCUAUCGACAUCUAUAUUGUACCCCAUGGAUACUAUAAAGACUCAGGUACAAGCAUCUACACUUAAUUUUCCAGAAGUAAUUGCAAAAAUUCCACAAAUUGGAGUCCAGGGAUUAUACAGAGGCUCCCUCCCAGCAGUUCUUGGUCAGUUUUCAAGUCAUGGACUGAGAACUGGAAUAUUUGAAGCAAGUAAGCUCGUGUUGUUAAAAUUUGCCCCUACACUUCCUGACAUACAAGUUCAAUCUGCAGCAUCAUUUUGUAGCACUGUCCUGGGGACAGCAGUGAGGAUACCAUGUGAGGUUCUUAAACAACGAUUGCAAGCUGGCAUAUUUGACAAUGUAGGGGAGGCAAUAGUUGGUACUUGGCAGCAAGAUGGUCUAAAGGGUUUCUUUCGUGGGACUGGUGCUACCCUAUGCCGUGAGGUGCCUUUUUAUGUUGCUGGAAUGGGACUAUAUGCUGAAUCCAAAAAGGCUUUCCAACAACUUCUGGGUCGGGAAUUAGAACCAUGGGAAACUAUUUUAGUUGGAGCUCUAUCUGGUGGACUUGCUGCAGUCGCUACGACGCCUUUCGAUGUGAUGAAAACUAGGACGAUGACUGCUCCACAAGGGCGUCCAAUGUCAAUGUCAUUGGUUGCCAUUUCUAUCCUCCGUCAUGAAGGACCGAUUGGCUUAUUCAAAGGAGCUGUGCCUAGAUUCUUUUGGAUUGCUCCACUAGGCGCUAUGAACUUUGCUGGAUAUGAACUUGCAAAGAAGGCCAUGGACAAAUCUGAGGAGCAGAACAUAUCUAAUGGGUAAAUCUAGUUGGAGUUUUUUUUUUCUUGGUUAUCAUAUGACAUGUGAAUGUUACCAGAAAGAUUUUAGUUCUUUUUUCGGGAUUAGGUAGUCUCAAAGUAAAAGUUUAAUCCGUCGAAAUUUCUUCCUUUUUCAUGUGGAUGGUAUCCACUAUACUUUUUUAGACCUCUGUUGUCUGAAUUUUGUCUUGCCAUUGUAGGCCGUGACAUGCACAUAGCCGUUGUUUUAUAAACCAUUUUGUACAUCUUUUGUAAAUUUGCAUCUUAUAUCUCA